AUUUCACACUCAGCUUAGCUUUCUCAUUACUCUCCCUUACAAUUUCACUAACCCCAUUUGCCAAUUCAACACCGCACAGCUCGCUCCGCAUGUGUUUGAAUAACAAUUGAAUGCAACUUAAACGUACUUUUAACACAAUUCAUAAAAAGUAUGGUUCAUUUUUUAUCUUGAAGUACAUGUGAGAGUCUUCUGCUCGUCCGUUUGCAUUAGUGCAAACAAAUAUUCAAAUACACCUUUACUUGUGGCCUUAAAGUGUCAAAAUUGAAAAUUCCUUGUUGAGCAACAAAUCCUUGGAUGCACAGUGAACAUCUUCACAAAAUGGAACAUGUUAGUCUCAUUGAUGAACUGAUCCAAGGAAUGGAGCUGGCAAAGCAGCUCAGUGACCAUCAGCUGGUUUCUUCUUCUUCUCCAUCAUCCCAAGAAACCAAUGAAUUCUUGCUUGACAAAAUACUUUUGUCUUACCAGAAGGCACUUGCCACGCUCAAGCAUGGAUCUAAUGCGGGAGAGAGUCCUAAAACUACCAGCUGCAGCGUGAUGGAUUCCCACUGUUCUUUUACGAGUGAGAGCCCCAGAAGUGAGGUCAUGGACCUUGAAUUUCAGCACCAAGCUGUCUUAAAGAAAAGAAAGACCAUGCCCAGAUGGACAGAGCAAGUGAAGAUUUGCUCAGGAUCAGGACUUGAGGGAUCUUUGGAUGAUGGAUAUGGCUGGAGAAAAUAUGGCCAAAAGAGUAUUCUUGGAGCCAAGUUUCCCAGAGGAUAUUAUAGAUGCACACAUAGAAAUGUACAAGGGUGCCUAGCAACAAAGCAAGUUCAAAGAUCAGAUGAAGACCCAACAACAAUUGAGGUGACCUACAGAGGUAGACACACUUGCAAGCAAGCUAAGCAUUUAAACAAGAAACUCCCAGCAAAAGUAAAGUUGGGGGAAAAUCAAGUUCACAAUGACCAAAAGAAUCAACUACCACUACAGGAGAAAACCCAACAAACCCCAGCAACUUUCAUGUUUAAAGCAGAGGAUGAGGACAAAACAGAGGAAUUGGAAACCAAGGAGGAUCUUAAUAUCUUCCCUUGCAAUUGGUUUUGCUUCCCUUCUCCAUCAAUUGGAUCAGGAAGUGAAGAAUCCAACAUAUUAUCCCAUGCCAUGAUGGAAAACCAUUUCAUAGAAAGCUUUUCUGCUGCAUUCAUACCACCAGUAACUUCAGAAUCAAACCUUCUGUGUCUAUCAGCAUACCACUCGGGCAACAAUGGACUAAGCCAAAAUGUAAAAACCUCAGAAUCCGAUAUCAGUGAGAUAGUUUCAGCCCCAACUUCAGUCACCAAUUCCCCAAUCCUGGAUUUAGAUAUCUUGCUAUCUAAUGGGGAAUUUGACUCGGAUUUCCCUUUCAACACCCCUGAAUACUUUUCUUCAUUAAAUUUUUCACUUUCAGCUAAUUAGUUAGAGAGUAAGAAAAACAUACGAAAUGAAGUAAUGCUAGUUUGGAGAGUUUUUCAAAAAUCAUAUUGCUAUUAAUGAAAAUGAUAUUUAAGGGGGAAGUUGUUGAUCAACCGGCUGAGAUAAUGCCGUGUACAUUCUUGGCACAAUAUCUCAUGUCAUCAAUCAUUUUCCAUUUUCUCAUAUUUAAUUCUUACACCUACUGGCUACU